AUCGCUUACCUUUGCGAUGUAAGAUGGUUUGACAUAUCCCCACGUUUAUACCAAAUGCUUGUUUUGAUCGCAUGGAUUGAUUAAGUUGGGACCUUCAGACUUUCCUAAAUAUGACGCUUUUAUCAAGACUGUCACAGAAAGGCAGAUUCUUAAGAAUAUUGCACACAUACAAGAGUGUCUGCCAGACAAGUGACAAAUGGACGCGUCUCACACAUGCACGUGCGCAUUGUGUGAGAAUUUCAGCGGUGCCUAAUGAGGUACAGGUGGACGACAGGUUUGCAGUGCACGUGCAGGGAUUGAAUCAGGGUGACGAUAUCACAAUCCAGGCCAACAUAUGUGAUGGUGGGGAUGUCCUAUUCACGUCGACAGGAUGUUUUAGAGCCAAUGAACAUGGAUGUGUUGACAUCAGUGAACAGGAAAGUUUGGCUGGGAAUUAUAAAGGUGUUGACGCCAUGGGUCUUAUGUGGAGUAUGGAGCAGGCUCCGGGAAAUAGACCAGGGUUACGUCCGGGUAAGAAGGACGUGUCCACUCCAGAAAUUAUCAGUCUGAACGUGUUCAGUGGACAUCACACUACAGAGGACAUUGCACAGAAAGCCCCGCAGCUUUUGGCAACUACCAUUCUCGAGCGAUUGUACAAGGCGAGGGAUGUCAAAAUGAUAGAUGUCGCGCAAGGCUCUCUGCGGGGCCGUCUGUUCAUUCCUCCAGGUCCCGGCCCAUUUCCUGGUGUGAUCGACAUGUACGGCACUGCGGGGGGUCUCAUUGAUACAAGGGCGGCAUUGCUGGCAUCGAGAGGGUUUGUAACUCUGGCCUUGGCAUUCUUUGGUUACCAGGACCUACCUAAAUCGUUUUGGGAACUCGACCUAACAUACUUUAAGGAAGCUGUUAAUUUUCUCAGCACUCACCCAAGCGUUAUUCCAAACGGUAUUGGUAUACUAGGACUGUCCAAGGGGGGAGAAUUAGCUCAAUUAAUAGCAAUCCAUUGUCCACAGGUGCGUGCUCUCAUCAGUAUCAACGGUGUACCUUGUCUCUCUAUCUCCGCUAUGAAGAAUGGUUGUGAAACAAUGGAACCGGAUGCCCCAUUGGAUUCUUCUAAAUUUGUAUUUACCGAUGAGAAUUAUGUAAUAUUUAAAAACUGCGUCGUACCAAAGGAAAACGCCCAUUUUUUCCCGGUGUGGCAGCGAGAUGUGGCAUUCCUAAAUAUGUGUGGCUCAGAUGAUCAACUUACAGACUACCGACUGCAGCAGCGACAGUACGAAGACUUCCCAGAGGACCAUAAACACAAAAUGGAGUUGGUUGUGUACAAAGGAACUGGACAUAUGAUCGAGCCGCCCUACACACCUGUCACUAGUCUUUCCUAUCAUAAAGUUUUUCGUAUGACAUUCGUUAUCGGUGGUGUGCGAGAGCAGCAUGCACGUGCCCAAGAAGAUGCAUGGAAAAGAAUACAAACAUUCUUCCGAACACACCUUAAACCUUGAUCAUGUAUGUGUCGACAAGGCUUACACAAAUCAACAUGGUAUGUUACACGGAGCUUCCAUAAAUCAACCAGUCACAAUAGUAUGUUAUAAGUAGCUAUACUGUGAGAUUCCUGGAUUCUCUAGCGACCUUUCCUGAUUUGUCAUCAACAAACCCAAAUGAUGAAUUAAUGCAUUAACCAAAAACAUUUACAGUUAGAAAUUCAUAAUUCAUUUCAACUUAAAUUGAUGGCAACGAGUCCACCCUUUGAUUGGUCGUUUUUUGAACGAAUAGAAGAUACACCAUGUUGCUCGGUUGACCAACCACUGUCGUAGGCCCAUGCCAAUGCGCCCGAGUAGCCGUGAUUAUAUGCGUAUUGAUAUUGUUGUUGUGAAGUCAUUCCACCCCCUUUCUUCUGGUUAAACUCCGCAAUAACCACGGGUUUGUCGACACCAAAUUCACUGAGGCUGUGCUGUAAAACGGAAGUAGUGCACAUACAAGUGCAGGAGCUAGAAGGUCCGCAUGAAUGGCAGCACCCCAAGGAUAACAACAUAAGGAUUUCAAGACGGACUGAAUAAGGUGGUUGAGUUCAUUUGUGAAGAUAUGAAACCAAUACUUAAUUUAUGCAUAAUGUUCUUAGAAAACAGCAAAUAAUUUUCACGACAGAUAAACAAUCAUAUUGAGAAAUAUUGAAAAAAUAGGGAUAAGGUUAUGCUACUUUUAAUUGAACAUCGGGAAAAUGCUGUUAUAUAGGGACAUUGCCCAUGAAUGUAUACUGAUAUGAUUUUAUAUGUAAUUUUAAUUAAUAUUAUAAGCGUAACAUCAACACUGGGGAGUCUAUCUACUGAUAUGUCCUGAUAAAAAUGUGCCAACAAAUCACAGAAACUGACGUAUUCCGAAGAACCUACCUGGAAAGGAGAUUGUCCAUCGUAGUGACCGUUAAAUGCGUACGUAUGAAAGGAGUAGAAUGUCAGUGUUCCCUGAAGUGAGAAAACCAUAGUUAAACAACCAAUUAUGCCAUUAAAUAUAUACAGUGUACUAAGAUGUAUUUUGUUCAUUUUUGUUAAUAAAACGCAAUAUGAAAUUU